AACAAAACUCCUGAUUGGCUGAAACAGUUCCCCUUACUAGAGUUAUGAUGUAGACAUUUGCUCGCUUGGACUCUUCAAUUUUGUGAGAACGAUUGCUGAUUGGUAAAAACAAGACAACCAAAUCAAAUUUGACUUUCAUGAUAAAUCGACGCUAUAACCAUUAGCUAAAUAAUUAUUUAAAGAGAAAACAGUUGGUUCAAUCGGUCUAGCGUAUUUCUAUUUAGCAUGAAAAUUUCAGCAGAAAACGAGAAAGGAAAUCUUGACUAUGGUUUCACUCUGUUUGCAGGGAAUAACGCAGCUUUAUCGAAGAAACUCGGUCCCUACGACAAGGUGGUACUAUCCAGGACUGGCACUUCUGUGUAUGAUGAAGAAGCUGAAAGGCUUAAGAAAAACUGCAACCAAUUUGUGAAAUUGCUUGAAGAAAUCGAAUGUUCUUUCAACUAUGUUGACGAUGGAUUCAAAAGAUUAGAAUCGCGCCUGCAUUGUGCAGCAAAGCAGCGAGUGGAAAAGGAAGAUGUCGUCCAUGAAAACAAACGGCUGGCUUUAUUGAACGAAGAGCUCUGUAAAAAAGUGGAAGUUUUAAGCAAGCAACUUGAACAGGAAGUCAACAUGCAGAAAGGUAUGAAAGAAUAUCAAUUUAACCUGGAGACCGACAAUGAGCAGCUUCGUUUGCAAGCCGAUAAGCUUAUGAAGAAUAAAAAUAAAGAUGAAGUUUUACUUGGGCUUCUCGAAAAAGAAAAUGAGGAGCUAUUGGUCAAGUCUUUCAAAUUAAAUGAAUUGGAAAUUCAAGAAAAAAAAACACAAGAAGAGAUGGAAAAAUGUUUGACUGAGCUUUCAAAGAUCGAAGACAUUGUCAAGCAAAAGGAUGAGGAGAGAACACAUCUUGAAGAAGGAAUAUUUCAGCUACAAAAGAAGUGGGAAAGAGAACAUUUAAGGCUAUUGGAGGCACAAGACGAAAAUGACAGUUUAAUAUCUAAAAUUUCCGAUUAUAGCGUCAAGUUGGAACACCUUGAAAGAGAACACCAACUGAUUCAAGAGGUGUCCAUAGAGCAACGUGGAACAAUUUCGUCUUUAAACUUAAGAAAAGCUGAUCUUUCAGUUGAGAUUGACAAUUUGAAAUUUCGUCUAAGAAGCUUUGUGAAUUUGGAAGAGCAGAAUGAGUCGCUAAAUGAAGAGCUGCGAAAAGCAAAGAACAAUUUACGGGCAAUGGAGAAUGUGUACACGGUUUCAAUGGCCGAUGCGAUAAAGUUUCGCGGCAAAUAUGAUGAGGCAUGUUAUGAGCUUGAAGGCUUAAAAGCAACGGUUGAUUUGCUAUCUGCUGAGAAAAAAGAACUGAGUGAAAAAUGUGACAGAUUGGAAAACGAAAUGACAAGAGAAUUGGUUGAGCAUGAAGGAAAAUUGAACAGUACUGACGGGAAAACCAAGGCACUUGAAUCAAACUUAAAUUUGAAAAAUGUGCCAGAAGAUAGCAGCUUUUGGGGAAAUGAAGCCAAGAGAAGCGGAGAUUAUAAAACUAAUUUUGAUUAAGGACCAAAAAUUGAACCAAACAAAAUUGACCAUUUUAUUAUGGUCGUAGUAGCAUAAAUUGGUAUGACUUACCUUAAAAUUUAAAAAGCAAGUUGAUUUAUUUAAUGAACAUUGUUGAAGAAAUAGAGUCAACAAUAUUGUCAUAAUAUGAAUUUUGUAGUAGAGAAAAUCAUGGCAUAUGAGGGUUUAUCUAUAUUUUCAAUGCCUGUGUAUUUGUUCAGAGAAUUCUUGAAGGCAAAAAACGGAACUGAUAAACAGAAACUUUCAAUCAUUAUGACCAAAGUUUCUUUUGGAUGGGUGUUGACAUAUCUACUUGUGGCUGAAAAAGAAAUUAAGAUGAUAUCUUUUAUUUACAAUACGGGUGGCUUGACUUACAGUGAAUAUCAUCUUGAAAAGACAGUAUUUGACAAUUUCAUCAGGGUUAGGCCUAUGUGUGCAAUGUUUGAUGACUGCCAACUAAAGCAUAAAGUAAGGAUUAACAGUGGUGGUUGCCCCGUGGUCCUUGGAUGCGGUUGAAAAGGCUGUCGUGUCUAAAUGCUUUCAAGGUCAAAUAGUAAUGUAACAACCAAGUGCCAAGUUCAAAAUUCGAGCAUUAAAAGAACAAACAAGCAAAAAGUAGAUUAGGAAUUUUCAAUGCUUGAGCUUAAGAUUAAAGAAAACAGGAAACAGUUUUCCAAAGAAGAAACUUUAAUCAAAAUGUCAUAGA